UUCUUUUUUUUUUUAUUAUAUGAAAUAUUAAUAAAGUGCUUAUUUAAAAUGUAGAUGGCAGGAGGUCGGGGGAAAAGUCUUAUGAGUCAAGUUGCCGGUAAAGGCAAGAGCUUAAUGAAAGCCUUGAGUGGGAAGGGGGACAAUCCGGAAGAUCCGGAUCGCAUUGGAGACCGAGAUGUCCUUGCUUCCGCGCGUAGAAGAAAGCAGUUAGCUCGAGAAGCAGCGUUACAGCGGGAAGAAGAGAGACUGAGACGAGAAGCUGUUGCAGCUGGAGCCGGACCCUGUACAUUGCCACAUGCCGACGACGAUAAUAUGGAUACUGACGAGGAGAUGGAGGAAGAUGAUCGGCCAGCAGAUGCAUUUCAGGAUCGUAGAGGUGGUCGUGCCUUACCCUUUCCGCAGCUGCCUGGUCCUGCGUACUUGGAGGGUCCGUGCGAGGGAGGGCCGCAAAAUUUAGAGUUUAUGCGAUGGUUCAAGUCGCAUAUAGCGAUGUACAUUUGGGAAGGAUAUGAGCGCCGUGAAACUACACGGUGCGAGUCGAGGACCAGAGCACUGGAGGACUACCGCGGCCCGCAGGAUAACACGAUGAUUGCGAGGUUUGGAUCCAACGCUUCAGUCGAUGUUUGGAUCCAACGCUUCGAUGCACGAUGUGCACUCUCUACUCUGUUUCGAGAAAACACUCAAAUAAUGAAUAAAUGUAACAUGUGUAUAAAAGAUUGUACGUAACGAGUUUAUAGUAAAAU